AUGAGUGCACAACAGCAGGCAUCUGGCCAAAACCAGCCGCCUAUGCCCAAUCGCCAGGGGACUCAACCUUCAUCUUCUGGCCAACUCCCAUCUGGUCAAAUUCCACCUACUCAACUCACAGGGGCUGCUGCCGAGUUCUACAGGGACAUCAUGAAUAGUCCCAGCAGGAACAACCUUCAAAUGGCCCCUAACGCAAUGAAUUCCAAUCCUGUUGCUAUGCCACAUCCUGCUAUGGGCUACAAUAACCAAGGCAUCAGUCAAAGUAUGAACCAAGGCAUGAUCCAAGGCAUGCACCCAGGUAUGCAACCAAACAUGAACUCAAACAUGAACCAAGCUAUGAAUCAAGCCAUGAGCCAGGUCAUGAACCAAGGCAUGCAUCCAGGUAUGAACCAUGGUAUGCAUCCAGGCAUGAACCGAGGACAGUUCAUCAACGCUUUCCCACAGCCUAUGCAGUUUCGGCCAGAUCAAGCUUCUAUAAACAACUUCUUCCAGGCGCAGGAGGCACGGAUGAGCACCUUGCUACAGAAAUCUGAGAAACUGGUAGAGUCGCAGUCUUCCACUUUCAAAGAGAUGAUGGACCGUCUUUCCAAGGCCACCUCCAGCUUUAGCAACACUAUCGCACACUGGCUUCGACAUCCGACUACAAAUGAGGCAGCCAACCUGUACCGCGAAAUGCAGAAAUCUCACACCCGGUUUGUUGAGGCCGACAAACAGAACCGUCAGUUGAAAUCGGAAAAGCAGGCACUGGAAAAGCAACUGAAAGAAUCUGAGACCAAACUUGCCACUGCCCUUGAGGAGCGUGACGAACAGCGACAGCUUGCUGAUAGUGCCUGGUCAGGUUCGGCCAAGGUAUCAGACGAUGCUGUUCAAAGCAAAUGGAAGCAGCUUGACUACAACAUUCGUGCCAUGGCAAGAGCCUUGGUCAAGUGUCAGCUUCGUCGUGUGAAGGACGAUGUUGUUGAGGAACGCUUCUCUAUGAUCCGCGAAGAUUGGCAAAAACUACUUACCGACGACAACUACAAAGAGUUCUUCAUCCAAGCUUACCUCUGGCUUGUUGUUUUUUCACAGGUCUAUCAGGAUCAAGGCGGAAUUCGUGGUGCUGGUGGUGUGGCUGAUCUGAAGACCAUGCGCGACACGCUCGUGGGCCUGGCUCCCGACACUGACCGACCUGGGCGCCCAGGCCCUUCCCUCCGACACGUUGCAAGAUGGUCUGCUCAGGGUGCAGCGCUUUUUGAACAUUUCAUUGGACGUAACCAGAAGUCUUUCAAGCGUCAAGCGGCUAUUGAACUUGAGAGACUCAAGGCCUUCUGUGAUGCCGAUUCCAAGAAUUCAGACACCGACUUCCUUCAGGACAUGAAGACCGUUCUUGGAACUGCAAUGGAUUUGGACGAUAUGUUGAUGAACUCCAGAGCCAUUUUUAUGGUCCGCUGGAACGAAUCUGGACAAUCAACACGUGCUCUCUUCAACGCGGACAUGAUGGAGGCCAUCGCGUACAGCGAGGAGCUCUCUCCUAAGACGAUUGUUGAAAUUGAGGUCUCGCCAAUGCUCGUCAAGACUGGGAAUGCUGACGGCUGCAACUACGACAGCAGUAUGGUCCUUGCAAAGGCCUUGGUCGUCUGUCGAUAA